AUGGAACCCGCGGCGCCCGCGGGCCAGGCCCGGGCGGCAGCCAGCAAGCUGUCGGAGGCGAUGGGCGCAGUGCUGCAGGAUCCUCGGCGGCAGCGGCGCCUGGUGCUGGUCAUCGUGUGCGUGGCUCUCUUCCUGGACAACAUGCUGUACAUGGUCAUCGUGCCCAUCGUGCCCGACUACAUUGCCCACAUGCAUAAGGCCGGCAGGCCCACCACGAGCCCCAAAGUGUACACCCUGCAGGCGCCCACUCCAGCCAGUGGCAGUGACAACAUGGGCAACACCUCAGAGUCCCCGACGGAGAGUGAGGACGUGAAGAUCGGGGUGCUGUUUGCCUCCAAGGCCAUCCUGCAGCUGCUGGUGAACCCCCUGAGUGGGCCCUUCAUUGACCGUAUGAGCUACGACGUGCCGCUGCUUAUCGGCCUGGGCGUCUUGUUCGCCUCCACCGUGCUGUUCGCGUUCGCGGAGGACUAUGCUAUGCUCUUCGCUGCACGCAGCCUGCAGGGCCUGGGCUCAGCCUUUGCGGAUACGUCCGGCAUUGCCAUGAUCGCCGACAAGUAUCCUGAAGAGCCGGAGCGCAGUCGUGCGUUGGGCGUGGCGCUGGCCUUCAUCAGCUUCGGGAGUCUGGUGGCGCCACCCUUCGGGGGCUUCCUCUACUGGUUCGCGGGCAAGCCUGUGCCCUUUCUGGUGCUCGCCGCUGUUUCGCUGCUCGACGCGCUGUUGCUGCUGGUGGUGGCCAAGCCCUUCUCGGCCGUGACGCGGGCGCGGGCCAACCUGCCGGUGGGCACACCCAUCCACCGCCUCAUGCUGGACCCUUACAUCGCCGUGGUGGCCGGGGCGCUCACCACCUGCAACAUCCCCCUCGCCUUCCUCGAGCCCACCAUCGCCACGUGGAUGGAGCACACGAUGUCGGCGUCUGAAUGGCAGACGGGCAUGGCCUGGCUGCCAGCUUUCGUGCCGCAUGUGCUAGGUGUCUACCUCACCGUGCGCCUGGCGGCGCGCUAUCCACACCUGCAGUGGCUGUACGGAGCACUAGGGCUGGUAGUGAUCGGCGCCAGCUCUUGCGUGGUGCCUGCCUGCCGCUCCUUCGCACCACUGGUGAUCUCACUCUGCGGCCUCUGCUUCGGCAUUGCGCUAGUUGACACGGCACUGCUGCCCACGCUCGCCUUUCUCGUGGACGUGCGCCACGUCUCGGUCUACGGCAGCGUCUAUGCCAUCGCCGACAUCUCCUAUUCCGUGGCCUAUGCUCUCGGGCCCAUAGUGGCGGGGCACAUAGUGCACUCGCUUGGUUUUGUGCAACUUAGCCUUGGCAUGGGCCUGGCCAACCUGCUCUACGCGCCAGUCCUGCUGCUGCUGCGCAACGUGGGCCUCCUGAGGCGCUCCCGCUCUGAGCGCGAUGUGCUGCUGGAUGAGCCACCGCAGGGUCUGUAUGAUGCUGUGCGCCUGCGUGAGCGCCCUGUGGCCGACCCAGACGGCGCCCCUCGAAGCCCUUCGGGCCCCUUUGACGAGUGCGAGGACGUCUACAACAAUUACUACACCCACAGCUAG